AUGGAUAAGUGUGACCUGAGAACAAAAGGAGCUCCAAGAAAGCUCUUUAUAAUUUUCUUUUCCUGUUUAGGAUGGGGAAGUCAGAGUUCCAAAGUACACAUACAUCAUAGCACAUGGCUUCAUUUUCCUGGUCACAAUUUACGCUGGAUAUUGACUUUUAUCCUCUUGUUUGUGCUGGUGUGUGAAAUCGCAGAGGGCAUAGUGUCUGAUGGGGUUUCAGAUUCACGCCAUUUGCACCUGUACAUGCCGGCUGGGAUGGCGUUCUUGGCGGCCAUCACAUCGGUUGUCUAUUACCAUAAUAUCGAAACAUCCAAUUUCCCGAAGCUGUUAAUUGCAUUGCUAUUCUACUGGACUUUAGCUUUCAUAACUAAAACCAUCAAAUUUGUAAAGUUCUGUGAUAAUGGAGUUGGAUUUUCGCAGCUUCGGUUUUGCCUCACAGGACUCCUGGUUGUUCUAUAUGGAAUGCUACUAGCUGUAGAAAUUAAUGUCAUCAGGGUGAGGAGGUAUGUUUUCUUCAAAACUCCUAAAGAAGUUAAACCUCCUGAGGAUCUCCAGGACCUUGGUGUUCGAUUCUUACAGCCAUUUGUGAAUCUGUUAUCCAAAGGAACGUACUGGUGGAUGAACACAUUCAUCAAGACUGCCCAUAAAAAACCAAUAGACCUGAAAACCAUAGGCAAGCUUCCCAUUGCUAUGAGAGCUGUGACCAAUUACAUUCGCCUUAAUGAGGCCUUUGAAGCACAGAAGAACAAAAGGUCAUCAUCUCCACAAGGAUCCAGAUCAAUUUGGCGAGCUCUCUGCUGUGCUUUUGGAAGACCCUUACUUCUCAGUAGCACAUUCCGUAUUCUGGCUGACUUGCUUGGAUUUGCUGGUCCACUCUGCAUCUCUGGGAUUGUUCACAAUGUUGGAAAAGGAAAUAACACCAUUCGCCCACAGAUUAAAAUUCUUGGUGUUUUUUUUAUUUCAUCUCAAGAGUUCCUGUCCAAUGCUUAUGUUUUGGCUGUACUCCUAUUUUUUGCCCUUCUGUUGCAAAGGACAUUUCUGCAAGCAUCCUACUAUGUUGCUAUUGAAACGGGAAUCAACUUAAGAGGCGCAAUACAGACAAAAAUAUACAAUAAAAUUAUGCAGCUUUCAACCUCUAACAUGUCUAUGGGGGAGAUGACUGCAGGCCAGAUCUGUAACCUGGUUGCCAUAGACACAAAUCAGCUGAUGUGGUUUUUUUUCCUCUGCCCUAACCUUUGGGCUAUGCCAGUACAGAUAAUUGUAGGAGUCCUUCUGCUCUACUACCUUCUUGGAAUCAGUGCCUUAAUUGGAGCAGCAGUAAUCAUAGUCCUUGCACCUGUUCAGUACUUUGUAGCAACAAAACUCUCACAGGCCCAGAGAAGCACAUUGGAGUACUCCAAUGAGAGACUGAAGAAGACAAAUGAGAUGCUUCGAGGCAUUAAGCUCCUAAAACUCUAUGCUUGGGAACACAUCUUUCACAGCAGUGUAGAGGAAACCAGACAAAAAGAAAUGACUAGCCUCAAGUCCUUUGCCCUUUAUACCUCCAUAUCCAUCUUUAUGAAUGCAGCAAUACCAAUUGCAGCUGUACUUAUAACAUUUGUGGUCCAUGCUCAUCUGACAACGAAGGCUGACUUCUCCCCAUCAGUGGCAUUUGCCUCCAUCUCCCUGUUUCAUAUUCUUGUGUCUCCAUUAUUUCUGCUCUCCAGUGUGGUUAGAUCCACUGUCAAAGCAUUAGUAAGUGUGCAGAAACUGAGCGAAUUCCUGUCAAGUGAAGAAAUUGGAGAAGAGCAUGAUAAAUCUUCAGAGCUAAGAAGUGCAGAUAAUCACAGCAAAUACCAGGCGGUGCCACUCAAAGUUGUUAACCGCAAGAGGCCUGCCAGGGAAGACUGGAACAAUUACAGCUCUCACAUGAGAAGACCCAUUAGCAUCACAGAAGCAGAUGAUUUUUGUGUAAAGAUAGCAAAUGGGUUUUUCACUUGGACACCUGAAGGACCUCCAGCAUUGUCCAACAUUGAUAUCCGAAUCCCUCAAGGUCAGCUAACAAUGAUUGUAGGACAGGUUGGCUGUGGUAAGUCAUCUCUCUUGCUCGCCAUACUUGGUGAGAUGCAGAAGAUCUCUGGGAACAUAUUCUGGAGCAGCUGUACUUCUGACAGUGAGACGGGAGAAGAUGUCAGCUCAGAGAAAGAAUCUCCUAUUGACACGGAAUUCAGGUACAAAGCAGUAAUUGAUGCCUGUUCCCUCCAGCCUGAUAUUGACAUUCUCCCUCAUGGAGACCAAACCCAGAUUGGAGAGAGGGGUAUUAAUCUGUCUGGAGGGCAGCGCCAGCGUAUCAGUGUGGCAAGAGCACUUUACCAGCAGACAAAUGUUGUGUUCCUGGAUGAUCCAUUUUCUGCCCUGGAUAUCCACCUAAGUGACCAUCUCAUGCAAGAGGGGAUCCUGAAAAUGCUACGGGAAGACAAGCGGACCAUUGUGCUAGUAACACACAAGCUGCAGUACUUACCCCAUGCUGACUGGAUAAUCGCAAUGAAAGAUGGCAACAUCCAGAGAGAAGGAACACUCAAGGACAUUCAGAAAUCAGAGACUGAGCUCUUUGAACACUGGAAGACAUUAAUGAAUCGACAAGACCAAGAGCUGGAGAAGGAGACUAUUAUUGAAAGAAAAACUGUUUUGGAAAGAACAAAUCUCCGGAGGACUAUGUAUUCCCGUGAAGCUCUGUUGAAAGAUGAUGAAGAGGAUGAAGAAGAAGUAACAGAAAGCGAUGAUGAAGACAACUUGUCUUCAGUGCUGCACCAGAGAGCGAAGAUGCCCUGGAGAGCCUGUGGCAAGUACCUCAGCGCAGCAGGAAUCCUCCUCCUGCCGCUGCUGGUGCUGUCCCAGCUGCUGAAGCACACGGUGAUGGUGGCCAUCGACUACUGGCUGGCGUGCUGGACCUCAGCCGCCAUCUCGGAGAAGGCAGAGCCAGAGCUGAAGAACUGCUCUCACUGUGUGGAUUUCAACCAUUCUCCAUAUUCAAAAGUUUUCAGCAUUCUCUGCUGUCUUGGCAUUGUAUUAUGUCUUGUCACAUCAAUAGCGGUGGAGUGGACGGGCUUGAAAGUCACCAAAAAGCUACACUCUUCUUUACUAAAUAAAAUUAUUUUGGCUCCAAUGAGGUUUUUUGAAACGACUCCUCUGGGAAGUAUACUGAACAGAUUUUCAGCUGACUGCAAUACCAUCGACCAGCACAUUCCAGCUACCCUGGAGUGCCUGAGUCGCUCCACUCUGCUGUGUGUAUCUGCUCUUGCUGUCAUCUCAUACGUCACACCAAUGUUUCUCAUUGCCCUGGUUCCCCUCGCAAUCAUGUGUUACUUCAUCCAGAAGUACUUCCGAGUCGCAUCACGGGACCUGCAGCAACUGGAUGACAGCACUCAGCUACCAUUACUCUCCCAUUUUUCAGAGACUGUUGAAGGUCUUACCACCAUCCGAGCCUUCAGGUACGAAGCCAAAUUUCGACAAAAACUUCUUGAAUACACAGAUUCCAACAACAUUGCUUCCCUUUUCCUUACAGCUGCCAAUCGCUGGCUGGAAGUCCGCAUGGAGUACAUUGGAGCAUGUGUGGUACUCAUAGCAGCUGUCACUUCUAUUACCAGUUGCCUGUAUAGUAAACUCCCUUCAGGACUUGUAGGCUUGGGACUAACCUAUGCUCUUAUGGUGUCUAACUAUCUGAACUGGAUGGUUCGUAACCUGGCUGACAUGGAGAUCCAGCUGGGUGCAGUGAAAAGAAUCAAUGGCCUUCUCAAAACAGAAGCUGAAAAUUACGAAGGGCUCCUUUCUUCCUCACAGAUUCCCCAGAACUGGCCAGACAGAGGAGAGAUCCAAAUCCAGAACCUCAGUGUCCGAUACGACAGCAACCUAAAGCCAGUGCUAAAGCAUGUCAAUGCCCACAUCUCUCCAGGACAGAAGAUCGGGAUCUGCGGCCGAACAGGCAGUGGAAAAUCCUCUUUCUCUCUUGCAUUUUUCAGAAUGGUUGACACUUUUGAGGGAAGGAUUAUCAUUGAUGGUAUAGAUAUUGCUAAGCUCCCCUUACAGACAUUGAGAUCCAGGCUGUCAAUCAUUCUCCAAGAUCCUAUUUUAUUCAGCGGAACAAUCCGGUUUAACUUGGACCCUGAGAAGAAGUGCACUGACAGCAUGCUGUGGGAAGCACUGGAAAUAGCACAGCUCAAGCAUGUGGUGAAAGCGCUCCCUGGGGGCCUAGAUGCUAUAGUCACAGAAGGAGGUGAAAACUUUAGCCAGGGCCAGAGACAGCUGUUCUGCCUAGCAAGGGCUUUUGUGCGGAAGACGAGCAUCUUCAUCAUGGAUGAAGCCACGGCAUCUAUUGACAUGGCAACGGAGAACAUCCUCCAGAAGGUAGUCAUGACUGCGUUUGCUGACCGUACUGUGGUUACAAUAGCACACCGCGUGCACACGAUCCUCAACGCAGACUUGGUUAUUGUAAUGAAGAGAGGGGUUAUUUUGGAAUAUGACAAGCCUGAGGUUCUGCUAGAACAAGAAGACAGUGUCUUUGCUUCUUUUGUACAAGCAGAUAAGUAAUAAAAAUAAAUGAAGCAUUUUAAAGUACAAUUGUAUUAUUUUCUAAAAAUGUAAAAUACCUGUAAAUAAAUAAUAUUUCAUAAUAAAUCGAGGUUUUCCUUUUUUAAUAAAAUGGGCCAUUUUUCUCCACCUGAAGCAUGUACUUUCCUUUUUGUAUACUACUACUCUUGUUCUUAUUUGCUACCAAAGAAUUAUGAAAUAUAGUUGAAAAAAACUACAUGGGUGAAAUAUGACAGGAUACUCAUCAAACAUAACCAGCAUGGAGUUUUUAUGUAACUCUUAAACUGCUCCUGUCAUUUUAUUAACAUGUUAUUUUUUAUGCGUCAGAGCCCCUCUGUAGAUAAUGCUCAUGGCUGACUAAAUGCAAAAGGAAAAAUUAUAUACCAAAGGUAUUUCUCAAAAGCUUGUAUCUCUUUUAAUGAUAUGACUCUGUAAAGCUUUAAUAUCUAAAUAUAAAAUCUAU